AUGAAACAUGAGUAUCAAAGCAUUCCCAAGCGCUAUAAGUCAUCCCCGAAGACAUCACCAAGUCUGAAAACCAUUUUGCAGUUAAACGAAGCAACACGACCACCCAGGGGUGCCAUUUGGCCGAAUGGACCCCAAUUCAGGCGAAUGGAUUCAUUGCUUUCACUUUACAUUCAAACCUUGUAUCUUUACAUUUCUUUUGUUCCAAUUAAUUCAAGCUUUGGUUUAGUGUUUACCAUUGAACCUUUGAGUUUUCAUAACAAUAGUCAAGUUGGAUUUGGUUUAUGGCAUCGCCUUUUGCGCACUAAGCAUGAUUUGGCAACUUGGGUUUUGUAUGGAUCUAGUUGCAAUAAAGCCUCAUCUUCUGGAGGCCAAGGGAACCAGCGCCCGGGAGGAGCAAAAUUCUUUGCCAUUACUACAGCGGAGGAGCCUAACACUUUGAUUCCUAAGACAGAAGGUAAAGUCAUUUCCGGAUUACUGUUAUUGCUUGGUAAGUCCGCCCGUGUCUUAUUUGAUUCUGGGGCCGACAAUUCUUAUGUUUCUAAGUCAUUUGUGAGAUCCUUGGACUGUUCUGUUAAUGUAUGCCCUAUAAUGCAUAGAGUUGACUUACCCGAUGGAUCAACGGUAUCAUGUAAUACAAAGUUGAUUGAUUGCCCAUUAGUAAUCCAGGGUAAGGAGUUCCAUGUAGACCUGAUUGUAUUUGACUUAGGAGGGUUUGAUAUCAUUCUAGGAAUGGACUGGCUAGGUAAACACAGGGCAGUGAUUGAGUGCUAUGAGAGGAUUGUAAAGGUUGGGAACAAUCCAGGGGAACAAGUAACUUUUAGUGAUGGGACCAUACCUAAUAUUGAGCCAGAGAUGAUUGAGAGGCUUACAACCUUUCCAAAGAGAGGUGGGGAAGCCCAGGUCUACCACAUGAGCGAGUCAACAUACAAGGAGGUCGACUUAAGUCAGAUCUUGAUAGUGCGAGAAUUUUCUGAUGUAUUCCCUGAUGAUCUACCUGGGUUACCUCCAAAGAGAGAGAUUGAUUUUCACAUUGACCUAGUUCCAGGGUCAAGACCAAUUUCAAAGGCACCAUAUAGAAUGGCACCACUUGAGUUGGCUGAACUAAAAACCCAACUCGAGGAGUUACAAGAUAAAGGGUUUAUCAGACCAAGUGUAUCACCAUGGGGAGCUCCAGUGUUGUUUGUGAAAAAGAAAGAUGGGUCUUUGAGGCUAUGCAUUGACUACCGGGAGCUGAACAAAAUCACCAUCAAGAACAAGUACCCACUUCCUAGAAUUGAUGAUUUAUUUGACCAGUUGAAAGGAGCCGGAGUUUUCUCUAAAAUUGACUUGAGAUCUGGUUACCAUCAGUUGAGGAUAGCGGAGGAAGACAUUCCUAAAACUGCUUUUCGCACCAGAUAUGGGCACUAUGAGUUUAGAGUGAUGCCGUUUGGGUUAACCAAUGCCCCUGCAGCAUUCAUGGACUUGAUGAAUCGAACAUUCCAUGACUAUCUUGAUAAAUUUGUUGUGGUUUUCAUUGAUGAUAUCUUAGUGUACUCUAAGACAGAGAAAGAUCAUGAGGAGCACUUAAGAUUGGUAUUAACACGAUUGAGGGAAAGAAGCUUUUAUGGGAAGUUGAGCAAGAGUGAAUUCUGGUUGGAUCGAGUUGUCUUCCUAGGUCAUGUAAUCUCAAAAGAUGGCAUAACAGUGGACCCCGAGAAGAUAAGGACUAUCAUUGAUUGGCCAGCACCGACUAGUGUAACUGAGGUAAGAAGCUUUAUGGGUUUGGCAGGUUAUUACCGAAGAUAUGUUGAUGGGUUUUCUAAGAUCGCACUACCGAUCACCAGUUUGGUUCGAAAGAAUACCAAGUUUGUGUGGUCACAAAAGUGCGAAGACGCUUUCCUAGAAUUGAAGAAAAGGUUGACAACGGCUCCAGUGCUUGUAUUGCCCGAGGAUGGGAAAGAGUUCACGGUAUACAGUGACGCAUCUUUAGAGGGCUUGGGUUGUGUACUCAUGCAAGAGGGGAAAGUGAUUGCCUACGCAUCGAGACAAUUGAGGCCAAAUGAGAAGAACUAUCCAGUGCACGAUUUAGAAUUAGCUGGAGUCAUAUUUGCCUUAAAAAUUUGGAGGCAUUAUCUCUGCAAUAAAGCCUCAUCUUCUGGAGGCCAAGGGAACCAGCGCCCGGGAGGAGCAAAAUUCUUUGCCAUUACUACAGCGGAGGAGCCUAACACUUUGAUUCCUAAGACAGAAGGUAAAGUCAUUUCCGGAUUACUGUUAUUGCUUGGUAAGUCCGCCCGUGUCUUAUUUGAUUCUGGGGCCGACAAUUCUUAUGUUUCUAAGUCAUUUGUGAGAUCCUUGGACUGUUCUGUUAAUGUAUGCCCUAUAAUGCAUAGAGUUGACUUACCCGAUGGAUCAACGGUAUCAUGUAAUACAAAGUUGAUUGAUUGCCCAUUAGUAAUCCAGGGUAAGGAGUUCCAUGUAGACCUGAUUGUAUUUGACUUAGGAGGGUUUGAUAUCAUUCUAGGAAUGGACUGGCUAGGUAAACACAGGGCAGUGAUUGAGUGCUAUGAGAGGAUUGUAAAGGUUGGGAACAAUCCAGGGGAACAAGUAACUUUUAGUGAUGGGACCAUACCUAAUAUUGAGCCAGAGAUGAUUGAGAGGCUUACAACCUUUCCAAAGAGAGGUGGGGAAGCCCAGGUCUACCACAUGAGCGAGUCAACAUACAAGGAGGUCGACUUAAGUCAGAUCUUGAUAGUGCGAGAAUUUUCUGAUGUAUUCCCUGAUGAUCUACCUGGGUUACCUCCAAAGAGAGAGAUUGAUUUUCACAUUGACCUAGUUCCAGGGUCAAGACCAAUUUCAAAGGCACCAUAUAGAAUGGCACCACUUGAGUUGGCUGAACUAAAAACCCAACUCGAGGAGUUACAAGAUAAAGGGUUUAUCAGACCAAGUGUAUCACCAUGGGGAGCUCCAGUGUUGUUUGUGAAAAAGAAAGAUGGGUCUUUGAGGCUAUGCAUUGACUACCGGGAGCUGAACAAAAUCACCAUCAAGAACAAGUACCCACUUCCUAGAAUUGAUGAUUUAUUUGACCAGUUGAAAGGAGCCGGAGUUUUCUCUAAAAUUGACUUGAGAUCUGGUUACCAUCAGUUGAGGAUAGCGGAGGAAGACAUUCCUAAAACUGCUUUUCGCACCAGAUAUGGGCACUAUGAGUUUAGAGUGAUGCCGUUUGGGUUAACCAAUGCCCCUGCAGCAUUCAUGGACUUGAUGAAUCGAACAUUCCAUGACUAUCUUGAUAAAUUUGUUGUGGUUUUCAUUGAUGAUAUCUUAGUGUACUCUAAGACAGAGAAAGAUCAUGAGGAGCACUUAAGAUUGGUAUUAACACGAUUGAGGGAAAGAAGCUUUUAUGGGAAGUUGAGCAAGAGUGAAUUCUGGUUGGAUCGAGUUGUCUUCCUAGGUCAUGUAAUCUCAAAAGAUGGCAUAACAGUGGACCCCGAGAAGAUAAGGACUAUCAUUGAUUGGCCAGCACCGACUAGUGUAACUGAGGUAAGAAGCUUUAUGGGUUUGGCAGGUUAUUACCGAAGAUAUGUUGAUGGGUUUUCUAAGAUCGCACUACCGAUCACCAGUUUGGUUCGAAAGAAUACCAAGUUUGUGUGGUCACAAAAGUGCGAAGACGCUUUCCUAGAAUUGAAGAAAAGGUUGACAACGGCUCCAGUGCUUGUAUUGCCCGAGGAUGGGAAAGAGUUCACGGUAUACAGUGACGCAUCUUUAGAGGGCUUGGGUUGUGUACUCAUGCAAGAGGGGAAAGUGAUUGCCUACGCAUCGAGACAAUUGAGGCCAAAUGAGAAGAACUAUCCAGUGCACGAUUUAGAAUUAGCUGGAGUCAUAUUUGCCUUAAAAAUUUGGAGGCAUUAUCUCUGCAAUAAAGCCUCAUCUUCUGGAGGCCAAGGGAACCAGCGCCCGGGAGGAGCAAAAUUCUUUGCCAUUACUACAGCGGAGGAGCCUAACACUUUGAUUCCUAAGACAGAAGGUAAAGUCAUUUCCGGAUUACUGUUAUUGCUUGGUAAGUCCGCCCGUGUCUUAUUUGAUUCUGGGGCCGACAAUUCUUAUGUUUCUAAGUCAUUUGUGAGAUCCUUGGACUGUUCUGUUAAUGUAUGCCCUAUAAUGCAUAGAGUUGACUUACCCGAUGGAUCAACGGUAUCAUGUAAUACAAAGUUGAUUGAUUGCCCAUUAGUAAUCCAGGGUAAGGAGUUCCAUGUAGACCUGAUUGUAUUUGACUUAGGAGGGUUUGAUAUCAUUCUAGGAAUGGACUGGCUAGGUAAACACAGGGCAGUGAUUGAGUGCUAUGAGAGGAUUGUAAAGGUUGGGAACAAUCCAGGGGAACAAGUAACUUUUAGUGAUGGGACCAUACCUAAUAUUGAGCCAGAGAUGAUUGAGAGGCUUACAACCUUUCCAAAGAGAGGUGGGGAAGCCCAGGUCUACCACAUGAGCGAGUCAACAUACAAGGAGGUCGACUUAAGUCAGAUCUUGAUAGUGCGAGAAUUUUCUGAUGUAUUCCCUGAUGAUCUACCUGGGUUACCUCCAAAGAGAGAGAUUGAUUUUCACAUUGACCUAGUUCCAGGGUCAAGACCAAUUUCAAAGGCACCAUAUAGAAUGGCACCACUUGAGUUGGCUGAACUAAAAACCCAACUCGAGGAGUUACAAGAUAAAGGGUUUAUCAGACCAAGUGUAUCACCAUGGGGAGCUCCAGUGUUGUUUGUGAAAAAGAAAGAUGGGUCUUUGAGGCUAUGCAUUGACUACCGGGAGCUGAACAAAAUCACCAUCAAGAACAAGUACCCACUUCCUAGAAUUGAUGAUUUAUUUGACCAGUUGAAAGGAGCCGGAGUUUUCUCUAAAAUUGACUUGAGAUCUGGUUACCAUCAGUUGAGGAUAGCGGAGGAAGACAUUCCUAAAACUGCUUUUCGCACCAGAUAUGGGCACUAUGAGUUUAGAGUGAUGCCGUUUGGGUUAACCAAUGCCCCUGCAGCAUUCAUGGACUUGAUGAAUCGAACAUUCCAUGACUAUCUUGAUAAAUUUGUUGUGGUUUUCAUUGAUGAUAUCUUAGUGUACUCUAAGACAGAGAAAGAUCAUGAGGAGCACUUAAGAUUGGUAUUAACACGAUUGAGGGAAAGAAGCUUUUAUGGGAAGUUGAGCAAGAGUGAAUUCUGGUUGGAUCGAGUUGUCUUCCUAGGUCAUGUAAUCUCAAAAGAUGGCAUAACAGUGGACCCCGAGAAGAUAAGGACUAUCAUUGAUUGGCCAGCACCGACUAGUGUAACUGAGGUAAGAAGCUUUAUGGGUUUGGCAGGUUAUUACCGAAGAUAUGUUGAUGGGUUUUCUAAGAUCGCACUACCGAUCACCAGUUUGGUUCGAAAGAAUACCAAGUUUGUGUGGUCACAAAAGUGCGAAGACGCUUUCCUAGAAUUGAAGAAAAGGUUGACAACGGCUCCAGUGCUUGUAUUGCCCGAGGAUGGGAAAGAGUUCACGGUAUACAGUGACGCAUCUUUAGAGGGCUUGGGUUGUGUACUCAUGCAAGAGGGGAAAGUGAUUGCCUACGCAUCGAGACAAUUGAGGCCAAAUGAGAAGAACUAUCCAGUGCACGAUUUAGAAUUAGCUGGAGUCAUAUUUGCCUUAAAAAUUUGGAGGCAUUAUCUCUGGCACAAUUGCAUCAAAGCACUAACCAAGUCCAUCAAAUCUUCAUGCACUAAACUUGCUGGUCCUUGCUUGUAUAAGGGAGAUCAUCCUCAACUUGGGCUAAGCAUGACCAUGGGAUCAAUACAAAGACAAAUAAGAACACAAGGAAGCCUACCAGCAUACGUUAGGCUGAACAGGAAGCUGAUUCAAUGCACUCAAAGGACAGAAGAAACAGAACAUCAGUCUGACGACCAGCCCACCUUGCAAACCAUGAAACGCCUAACUUGGUGCACGUAUGAGCAAGGGAAGUUGAGGGAUGUCAUCUUUAGACUAGAAACAAGAAGUCUAUACUUAGACGUAACAUGGAGAACCCUCACAGAGCCCACAAAGACAGCUGCAAGAAUUAAGAUGGAACAAAAGAAGGAAUCAAUUGCUCUUAGUUCAAAGAAGACGAAAAUGCAAACGGAAGCUGGCAGAACAAAAGCCGACUCGGCUUUGGCUCUCACCCACAAGAAAGCCGAGUCGGGUUUAUGUGCUGACAUAGUUCUUGUAAAACCUCUUUCUCUUUUAUAA